GUUUUCUUUAUCUCGUAUCGUUUGUGUACGUGCGCGAAACGUGCGUGAUGCACCGCCGUUUCAUCGCCGCGCGGAUUUACGAGGACGCAGGAGGGAGGGUGGGCAGGGGUGGCUUGGUGUUUCUUUCGAUGUCGUAUUUGUUCGAGCGCGAUAAAUGGCAUUGUUAUCGGGACACGCAGAACUCCGCGAAUCGACAAACUCCUCGCUACGCGAGGCGGGACAUAAGCGCGCGCGCACGAAUGACCCGGAGUGCACGCGCCGAAUCGCAUCGGGUGCGAGAGCGGACGUCACGCGCACCGCGUCGCGCGCGAUAAGCGACGCUAGGCCGAUCGGCAGCGUCCUUACCGCGCGCCGGGAGAUUGAUUAGCGGCUCGGCCGUGACUCGGCUCGUUUCGACGCGCGAGGAACGCCGCGUGAAAAAAGAAAAAAAAGUGCGAGUGACGCGCCGCGCCGGUCGCUUCCGUUCCCCGUAUUCGCGCCGUCCGCCGUUUUCUUUAUUCGCGCGCUCGACGGGAAUUACCUAUCCCCGGAUGAAUCAUCGGCCUUAAGGAUUUCGUCGAUCGCCGAGGUUUCAAGUCGCGCGGAGUCGUUGGCGUCAACUCCACGAUAUGCACACCACGCUUUUUCAAAGAACCCGCACCUCCACUUGAGUUCCGUCGCGUAUGAAUCAUCGACAAUUCUCCCCCCCAAGGCAAGGUCGUUCGCGUUGCUCCGUAAACGAAAGCUCGGAUUUUACUCCAAAUGUGUCGCGUUCCAUUCAUUCCUCGCGGAGUCGCACAUGGAGCCGUUCCUCGGUAAACGGUAGAUUAACGAAACGAUGGCGCUUGAUAUCGAAUUGCUGUUAAAUUCGUUCCCGUUACCAACGUAGCGCGACGAGUGGUGAAAAUCGAGGCUAGAUUUCGCGGAUUCCGACGACAGACAGACCGCGGGAUCGUGGGAUCGUUUUUUCGGCGACGAAACGAAACGCAAUCGAGAACGCGCGCGCGAGGUUUCGAGCGACGCACACUUGUUUUACGUAAUGAAACCGCGUUCGCGUCGAGGGGGAGAGUGCGAGCGAGCAAGCGAGCGAGCGAGCGAGCGAGCGCGUUCCUCGCUCGCGCGUGCGCCGCGUGUAAUCUAUCCGUCGUCGCGAACCCCGUGUCGCUCGCUCUCCGUGCUCCGCGCCGCACCGGCGGCGGCGGGGUGUCGGUCGGGUGGCGAGGGGGACGGCGGAGGGGCGGGGAGCUCUUCGAUCAUCGGCAUUACUGGCCCGCCUCGUGCGUCCUCGUGUCCCGUCGGAACGGCGCGGCGGCGCUCGGCUCACUCGGCUGGCUUCGUGCGCCGCCGCCGCCAGUCUCGCAGCAGCUCGCGCGCGUCACGGAUCUACGUUGCGCCUCGACCUCGGCCUUCUCCGCGACGCGACGGAAUCCGGUGGCAGUCAGUGGUGAUAGCGGACGGUAGUAGAUCGUCCGUCUCUCUACCUGUCCGAUCUUAUCCGUGCGACGUCUGUAACGUGUGUAACCUCCCCUCCCUCUCUCUGUGUCUUUCCAGCGUGAGGAGUUUACGCGGAUCGCCGUUGUUUUUUUUUCCUCUCUGCCGCUGCCGUCGUCACGUCGCUGGCACGUCGUCGCAUUAUCAUCCGUCGUCGUCGUCGUCGUCGGCGGUUACCUCGCGCAGCCCGUGUCGUUGUGGUGGUGUGCGCGCUUCUUGGAUACGCGGUCACGCAUGCACGCAUGGACAGACAACGGCGACGCGGCACUGCCCAAUGAUGGCCGUGCCGGGCAUUACCGUUGACGUAGUGAUGUAUUAUUAGUGGUGCGCGUCGCGGGAAAGUGCUGUGUGCCGCCGUCUCGCUCGCUCUUUCUAUCUCUCUCUAUCUCUAUCUCUCUCUUUCUCUCUGUCUCGCCGCUCACUUCGGUCCGUAUCUCGACGGCACCGAUAAUAGCGCGGAGUGUGCUCCUCCUCGUCGUCGUAGUCGUCGUCGUCGUCAUCGCCGUCAUUUGCCGUCGGAAAUCAGUGAUCGCGGCACGAAGGGAAGGCAACGGAUACGUACGCACGUAUUUCGCCCCCCCCAUCCCGCGCGCAGUGAGAGUUUUGUAUCAAGUGCAACGCGACAGUUCUCGCUUGCUCUCUUGUGUGUGGAUUAUCUCGUAUUUGGAUAUACUCGUAUUAUCGUAUUGGAUAUAUAUCUGCGAUCCCCGUCGCAGCCUCCGGCACGCACUCCGGCCCGACUCCGUCGCCAGGCCACGGCCCAGGAUCGUGAUUCCGGCUGGCGAGCUCUGCCCCUCGAAGGAGCCCCGUGAGUGAAAGGAAACGCGGAAACGGAGCGGGCUUCCCUCCGGCAAUUACCGAGACGAUCUUUCACAUCGCCCGGAAAGCGGAGCUUGGGGAUAAGGAUCGACGAAUGGGAAUUUAUACAUAUUAAAUUCAUCCCAGUGGGCCCCACAUGUUAUGGAAUAGCUUGCACAACGAUCAUUCGAUGGCACUGCAAUGAGCAAGAUGCAGAGACAAAGCCGGCGUAGCUCGGAGGUGGAGGUUGCGCUUAUGCGCCCUGUAAGCACAGCUGGCUAAUAGCCUCGGAGCCCGUCCCCGACACCCUGCAGCCACACCAGAUUAGUAGUUGGCGUGACAUGGAUGUGAGCUUCACGAACGUGUUAGAGGGGGCUCGCCAGUACUUCCAGGGACUGCCCGUACCGAGUACAGGUGGUGGCGCGGCCACGUCGGUAGAUCACAAUCUCCACUCGACGUCCUCCACGAAUGCCACCUCGUCCACGUCGGCGACGACGCACGAUCAUGAUGCAUCGUCACAGCCGACUCAAUCAACUCAGUCAAUCUCGGCUUCCGCCAAUAGCAGCAGCAGUAGUAGCAACAGUAGCAACAGCAAUAGCAGUAGCAAUGUCCAGGAGUCGAAUCGUUACCCUGCCGACGUUCGACCUUCAUCGUCCGUGGAAAGUAGCAAUGCGACUGCCGCAUCUAGCUUCUGGAACCCGCACGUGGAGCCAUAUGCUCCGCAGCCGACCAGGGUCGAAGUUCCGGAUACGAGGCCAGGCGACGAAGGCUCCGCCAUGGAGCCUAGUUCCUCUUCCUCGGGCACUAUCACUUUAACCGAGAUGCAACCUUCAAAUUAUCAAUCCUCCUCCUCUGUUGCCGCAACGUCGUCAAGUUUUUCGCAGAGACCGCCGCCGACAUCAUCGUCCUCAUCGUCGUCGACCACCUCAUCUAGCGAUCACAAUCAUCACCAUCACCAAUCGCAGCUCUCGACGUCAAACUCAUCGCAUUUGCAUCAGAUGCAACCGCCCCAAUCAUCACAUUCCCCUGGACCGGUGUAUCAACAACUCAAUAAUGUCAGCAGGACGUCUUUUAGUGCGGCGGAAAUGCUCGCCUCUUCCUCGUCGCACUCCGCUUCAACCUAUCAGACCGCUAAUAACGAUAGGCAGUCGCAGCCGAUCGUCGUGCAGAGAACUCAGUACUAUCCACGUUAUCAUCACCCAGAUAUUACGAAAUGUGCACCGGCUCCGUAUUCGCAGAGUUCUAUUUAUCAGUCUGCCAAUGUAGCGCAGUCCUCGAACAUGGUUCAGCAACCGAGCACGAGACCGACACCGGCAGAGCAAAAUAAUACGACAUCGUCCAACGUCAAUAUCAAUCAAGGACAUUGUCCCCCGGAACAGCAACGAAUAUCUGGUACUUACGGUAGCAACAUACCACACGCUCAGAAUUCUCUCGGCGGAUCCACGAUGUACGGAUCCUCUUCAUUGCCUCAAAAUUACCGUUCCACGAGCCAAUAUCAGCAGCAGCAGCAGCAGCAGCAGCAAGUUCAUCGUCUGGCCGUUUCCGCUUCGAAUAUCAGCGACAGGUCACAUAACUCGGAUGGGUUGCACUCUUCCACCGCCGCCUGUUCCUCAUCGUCGCAGGCAGUCAGCCCGCGUCAGCCCGGACCAGGAAGCACCUCCUCCAAUCACAUUCCUUCGCAAUCGCAGUCGCAAAAUCUUCCAGGUCACAUUCCUUCACCGCAUCCGCCAUCCGUCACUUCGGUGCACUAUCAUCAACAUCAGCAACAGCAACAGCAGCAGCAACAGCAGCAGCAACAUCAUCAGCAACCGUCGUCUCUGCAGCAGCAGCAUCCUAGUCGUAUAAAUGCGUCGCCACACUCGCUCGGUUCCUCGUAUGGAGGUCGCGUAAUGCCACUACCGCCACCGCAUGGUGUCCCAUCGUCGUCGUCCUCCGCCGCUAUGGUGAACCAUUCGCAGCAGCAGCAGAUGCCACCACCCUCGAGUGGAUAUCACGCAGGAACGACGCCAUCCCCGCAUCACGAGCCGUCGCCGCGUCAUGCCACACCAUCGCCACAUCACGCGACUCCAUCACCACAGCGGCAGUCGCCUCAUGUGUCCAGUUUGCAUCCGCACGCCUCUCCGUCUCCUCAUCAUACACCCUCGCCGCACAAUAGCUUCCAGCCACAUUCGCCGACUUACCCGCCACCGCCGCCUCCGCCGCCGCCACAACAGCAACAACAACAGCAGUCAUCGGCAGCACCAGUCACCUCGCAGUACUACCAAACGAAUUACGUGGCGGCGGUUCGUGACGCGGCAAUGGGGUUGCCUUACGCACCGCCGCCACCGUCCCAGUCUUCGUACCAUUCCUUCCAGAAGAACCCGCAAUCGGAGUCUCAGGGGGCUAACUAUUAUUCCCAGCCAAAUCGGUCUCAUAGUCAAUCUUACGGCAUGCAGCAGAUGUUGAUGCCAACGCAGCAGUCGGUAUACCCCAGUACCCCCGGUAGUAACAGUUUAGGUAGCUACCAACAAAACGCUAGUAAACAUGCGGCAUAUAAUGGUGCGGAUGCGACAAAGAGAAGCACGAUUGACGUUACGGCGGCAUCCUAUGGUACACAUCGGCCGCCCGUACAGAGGAGCGGGAACACACAUAAUUUGCCGCCUAUCGCCGCUCUUUCGUCUUAUCAUUCCAAUAGGCGGGAACCCGUGCCGAAAUUGGCACAGACGAUAGCACGACAACGAAUACAUCCGACGAACGCAACCAACAAAGCCCCGUCUGUCGUGAUGCCGCCGACACCUUCGUCUGUGACGAUACCUCCUCAGAGGCACGCCGAAUACCCAAUGACUCCGGUCUCGGCUAUGAACCAUGCGAUACCAGUGAACGGUAGAACGACUACUGUGACGUAUGGUUCGCGAUAUAGUGGUCAACAAGGUUAUCCAUCGUCGUCAUAUGCCACCACGAUGGCGCCUAGUCAUCAUGGUAAUAACUCUGCUAGCAGCACCACAGUGACCACUAUUAGUCAUGGUAGUUCAAGUGGCACGAGGUCUUCCGUUCCAGCGACUCACGUGUAUCAGUCUUCCGACGAGUCGGAUCGAUCAACAGGAUCGUCCUAUCACCAUCAUCAGUCAUCAACACGAAUAACGACUGAAGGCUAUGCCUACAAAGAAUAUCCCUAUCAGAACUCAGCGUCAUCCGGUAGUAGUCAAACGACCCCGGCGGCUGCUAUGACGACUUCACCAUCGCCAAACAAUGCAGUCCGCAAGAGGGAGUCGCCUCUGGAUUUGUCUGUGAAAACAGUUAAAACUUCGGCCGAUUCUACGGCGCAGGAUGACCUCGAGACUAUCAACACUGACAAACAUGUUAGUAGUUCGAGUCUGAAUACAUCUAGGAAUAAUGUAAACAGACCGAUGCCACCCCCGGCUGUUGUGCAUCAAUCGGCACCGGCGCAACCGUCAUACCCGUCGUCGUACGACCAUAGACCUUCGAGUAACAGUUCGAGGAAUUCUCUGCCCGCGACCUGUAUUCGGGCAUCGACACCUCAAACGGUAUGUGCACCUAAGGUCGAUUUUCUACCAGAUUUUACCUCGGCGCCGCUCCGUCAUCAGUCACAUCACGAGAACCCCCUACGCAGAAGCACUACGCAGCAGCUUUACGUUCCAUCAGCGCAGCCACUCUCAUCUCAUCACACAAACACCUCUCCACUGCCUCAUAUGUCCACGUUUAAGAAGCGUCCACUGCCCACGUCACCAUUGUAUGAUGGUUUGACAAUACCAUCUUCGUCAUCUUCGUCAUCUUCAACGUCUGCGUCUUCAUCAUACCUUCAGACGAAUGAUUCUAUGUCCUCGAGGUUCUCCAAGUAUCACCCGAUGAUGGAUCCAUCUGUACGGCUCGGUCCACCUACGCUACCUACACAGGAUUACCCAGCUGACUCGAGCAAGCACUAUUUAGUAGACAGUAGGGCUAAGUUCGAUCAGCAAUUUUCUCAACGCGAACGAAUGCCGUUGAAAAGAGCCGGAGAGCCGAUUUAUAACAUGGGGAGUUCUCUUAGCAAACAGGCCAGAGUCGCUUGGCGAAUACCGAGUACCGAAAAGCAAAUUGUCGAAUCAAAGUUGUCAACUACGGGUGCAUUGAGCGAACAGCAGAAACGGCAAGAAAUGAAUUUAUCGGUUUCGUUGCCGAACGGAGUUCUAGCGCCACCCGGUGCCCACGAUCAAAAAACCGACAGUGGCGGUUAUUUGGCGCCGGAAUCGUCUAGAUAUCAGUCGGUAUACUGUGAUAAAAGGACCUAUUCAGAGUCUAAAAUUGUACGCAGCUCACCGUCAUCAUACAAUUAUCCGGUGAUCUCGAAAUCUGCGGGCGUACAUCCGUUACCGCAACAACUGAGUGGUACGCAACUGACUUAUCCGAGUUAUCGCCAACCAGUUCCAAAGACGACAUGUCCGCCGAGUGGGAUAUCCGGCGGCCAACCGAUGGAUCAACCUAGCAACACUGGCGCUGACAAAAGAGUGCUUAGCUUGUUGAGGAACAGCUUGGAGAAUAAGCAACAGAGGGAUGAACAGCUCAACAGCCAGCAGCCUAUUUUGGUCAAUCAUAAUCAGCAGAGCUUCCAGAAUAAGGUCGUCGCGCCAGUUGAGCCUAAGAGCAUCGGCAGGCACAAUCUGUCACCAUUCACGGCGGCGAGUUUGCUUGAGCGUAACAGCAACACGCCGCCGCAUUACAAGUUCCACGUUCCACGAGCAGUAGACUCAAUCACUCAGGAAGUGCCACGCAGCAUGUAUGCCUCGAGAGUGAACGCAUCUGCCACGCUACCUGGCAAGGAGGCUUCCCUCGCGGGACCACGUGGUGCCGAGAACCAAAUCCACCGUGACAAGGACGACGGCCUCGCCGCUAUCUUAGCUGCAAAGAUUAGGACGAAGGCGGAAUUGAAACAAGUUGGAACCGGCCAAUUUUCAACAAAAGCAUCUUCUAUACCUUCUCAGGAUGUGUCUUUGGCGACGCCGAAAGAGAUCGAUAGUGCGGCUUCGACGUCGACGCCACAGUCUGGCUCAUCCGUGGGUAGCCCACCAAAAUUAACGCGCGAGAAAACCUGUUUGCCGCCCAGAAGACGCUUAUUUUCAAGAACCGAUGAAGACAAUAUACCGGUAGCGGCGACGGUACCCGCUACAGUCGCAUCUACAGUUCCGGCUAGAGCGAGUGGAUGUAGAAGUUCCUCCGAAACGUCGGUCUUCGACUUCCGGGAGAGCGACUCUGAAGGCGAGAUGCCAGUUCUUGAGCGACAAACCUUGGAGGAAAUGAGAAGAGACAGGAAACAGUUGUCCAAAGUGCAACCUCCUAUACCUCUCAAUGAUGCUGUAUCUAUGAACAUGGCAUCCUCAACGGAUCUCGUGAAGAUAGAACUAAAGGAAAACGAUAAAAUUAAUGACAUUGAUCCAUUCUGGACUAACACUUGUGAUAAGUUUAUGGAGCAAUUACGCACGGGUGAUGCGGUAAAGAAACGAGGACGUAGGAAAAAAGUGAGCAGUAUUGCAACAUCGAAACUUGAAGAUACGGCCAAUGAUAGCGAUAAAGAAUCGGAUGCCAAUGCAUCACAUUCUCGAAUCAAACCUGAAGAUAUCAAGAAGGAGAUACCGGAUUCAUCUAGUACGGAAGAUAAAAAUUUAAUUUUCAAGGACAUUAAGAUCAAGAAAGAGCCUGGACUGAAAGAAGAUGACAAACACUCAAGCGAUGAUUCAGAAGAAGUCCCAUUAAUUAAAAGAACAAAACAGGAAGUGAAGAAAGAAGAUAGUGAUUGUGAUGAGGAAGUGAUAUGUCGAAGAAGACGUAUUCGUCGUGGCAGCAGAAUCAAACUUGAGUCUUCUAGCGGUAGCGAAUCCUCGAGUGAAGACAGCGACGCCAGUACAGAGUUCGGUCGUGGUUCCUCAGUGGCUGAUAGACUUCGCGCUAGGAAGCGAUCCAUAGCUAACGUAUCCGAAGGAAUGAAGCUUCGUUCAAGAGAUACUACUCCUCAUAAGGCAAAGACGGACAAGGAAUCUAAAUUGACGCCUCCCAAAGGAGGAACGUCUCAAAAAAUGAAACCGAAACCAUUGUUCGGUGACGGUAGCGAUUUCAGACCCGGUUGGGAAGAAGAAGUUUAUGUGUACAAAAAAUCUUUAAGGAUGCCACCCAGGUUAAUAACAGUAUCAAAACCAUCACGCUUUCAUCGACUGUCCACAUCGUUGCCUGACUUGGAUCCUGGUUCGCCGGCAUUGUCCGUUUCGAUGGACAGUUCCGACAUGUGUCUUAGCCGUAAUAAGAGAGAUAGCGACAUGGAGUCCAAUUACAGUUUCAUGGGACUUGGUAGUAAGAUUGAUGACGAGGAGGCGACCUCGUCAACAACAGUUUCCUGUCCUCCGAAAGCUAUGAUGAAACAUUUCCGAUCGGAGAACAAUUCUAUCGUUGAUGUUCUUGCGCAGAAAGUCGGAAGUGGUAGUAGUCAGAAAGAUUCGAAAAAGAAGCAGAAUCUUAAAAAUAAUAAAAACACUAACGUUAACAAAAGUAGCAAUGAGCCGGAACUUUUACCAACACCGGGUUUUACGCCGCUUCUAUCAUCCGAAACAUCGAAGGGCUCUAAAAACAAAAUUGCAUUGAAAAAUAAUAGAAAUCCGAUUAAAGUUACCAAUUCCGUCCUCGGUUAUUUCCGCAAAGAGACAGUCAAUAAUUUCCGUGACGCGUUUAAGAAUAAUCACACGUUACCCAAUGAAUUCUCCACUCUAGUAUUGAAGAGCAGAACGAGAACGGAGACGAAAGUUCUGAAGAAAGAAACGACUAUUCGUGAAGUGUUCGGCGAAGAUAGACCUGCGUCAGCUCCACCGAUGCAGAAUCACGAUGACACGUCGCAGGACGACGAUUCACAAAGCGAAACGCCGGAGAAUACAUUGGGUAAGGUACGAACGUUGAAGCAAAAAGUUGUGUCCCGUUUGAGAAACGCUGGUAUACUACGAAGCCACAAAGCGAUUAUGAAUUCAAAACGUCGUCUAUUAACUGCUGAAAGGCGAAAGGAUCUACUCAAGUCGCUUGCUAAUAAAAAAUUACAUCGUAUCAAGACUGAAAUAGAACAAGAAGAAAUAAAUGACCCCAGAGAGGAGGAAAAUAACGAUAUGGAGGAUGACAAGAAUGAUUUGGAGAGUCGUAAUAAAAAGAAAUUGAAGCUUCGACCUGGUCGACGGAAAUUCCGUUCUGGAUUCGAUUAUAUUCGUAAAAAGAAGAAGCCGCUAAAGAAAGAUGAAGCGUUGCCAAAAGAAAGAAAAAGGCAAAGCCAAGCUAACAAACCAAGUCCGGAAUGCGUAGCCGAUAUUCAGUCUGAAAUCAGGACAUGGGUUAUCAAGAAAGGCGUCGGGGAAACCAUAUUACAUCGUGCUGCCCGUCUCGGUUACACGGACGUGACUGCUUAUUGCCUAGAAAAGCUCAAUAGUGCGCCGAGUCCCAAAGACAACGCGGGAUAUACACCGCUUCAUGAGGCAUGUUCCAAGGGUCAUUUAGAGAUUGCAAAAUUCUUAUUGGCUUAUGGUGCGAAUGUUAGCGAAAGUGCUAAUGGUGGUAUCAGGCCACUUCAUGAAGCGGCGGAGAAUGGUGCUACGGAACUUGUGCGAUUAUUGUUAUCUUACGGUGCCGAUCCACUAUUGGCUACUUAUUCUGGACAAACGCCUUUGAUGCUAGCUGUUGACACCGAGGCUCAUUCCAUUCUAGAACAGCAUCUGGCAGACAUCCAAGGUCGUACCACUGUACCAUGGUCAUUCACCGGUCCAUCUUCUAUUUUAGAUUCAGAAGAGACGGGCUACAAUCCGCUCGAUAAUGUUCCAUCGGAUAAUCUUGAAUCAGAUGAGUUAGAUAAUAUCGAAAUGGAAGUAAGCGACAUCAAUCUGCCUGUUCUUUUCACUUUGAACAACGAUCCCGAUAAAUGGGUGUUACUUCAAGAUCUCAUGGCGGUUUUGAGAAUAAAAAGCCGUGACGCUCUUCUCCGCCAAAUUAAUCCAAAAGCAUAUUCUGGGCCACCUACGAUUGCGCAUCGCGAUGUGAUGCGUGAAUUGAAGCUACCAGAUUUCUUGGAACAAACUCGCUGCUGUCAUCUGCUGAGCGGUGGCGAAAGAAUCAAUGUGCGUGGCUCCAAGGUCACACUUAUCAAGUACAACGACAAGGUGAAGUCCCUGCUGAACGUGGAGAAAGUGUUGAUUAGUCUUAGGUGACAAGAGGCGUCUCUGGGGCGAUCAUCUCCCCAGACAUCAAAACCAUCGACUUCGAUUCCGGCCAAGGAACAUCAGAAGAAAGUUGAAGGCAAAGCUACUAUGAAACGCGAGCGACAACAAGGAAGAAAACGACAAGAUAUUCGUAACAAAAAUACUACGGACUGAGCGGUAUCAUUCUAUAGCCAAUUAUUUAUUGAAAUGCAAUGACAAUUAUAAAAAUUAUAGCGAUUUAAGUUAUCGCUGAAAAGUAAAUAAUGUUAUAAGAUCAGACUGUUUUGGUAACUAUUUGACGAUGCGUUAAGAAGAGGAACAGGUUCCUACAAUAUGUGAAAAGAAUUUUAAAUGACUGAUGUAAAUCCUGUUCAUCUGGAAAGCUCGUCCCUGAAAAAAGAAAGACUGAUUGACACAACAAUGAAGAUCGGUGCUUUUACGUGUGUCCAAAGACUGACCCUGCCGAUUUGUCUUAAACUUCGAGAAUAAAUCGAACUGACCGACACUGAUAAUUAAUUUUUUCCUCUCGAUUUCUUAUAGUGCAAAGUAUAGCAAAAUGGAGCUUGACUAAAGUGAUAAGAGAUACGCACAUAAUCGGUUCCGUUCCUUCAUUCAACUGAUGAAUGUCAAUCGAAAUAAAAUAAAGAAAGUCGGUAAUAUGCCGAUAUUCUGCCGGGAGCGUAACGCGCAAUUAAACUAACUUUGAAGCACAUAGCUGUGCAAAUGUAGUUUUAAACAAAGUGUCUACUAAUGCACUGCUAAGAGUGAAGAAACAGCUACCUGUGACAUUAUUUAACAGUAUUUAAUUGGGAUAUAUACGUAAUAUAUAUCCCUAGAACGAGGAUAUUUUAUUAAUUCUCUUAAGGACUGAAUAAAUAAUCAGAAGUUCGUUAAUGUAACGCUUUUAGGCGAGUUAAAAGAAGAUAUGUUGUUUGGGCGAUUACAAUGUCAGGAAAAUGAAAUCAUUGACAGUAGGUUUCUCUCAAUCGUCGAACCAAGUCUUGGAAUAGUAAUAAUAAAAA